CUACAAUGUUAUACAACAAUUCUGUGUACUACCGGGUGUGAUAUUUAAAAACUAGUUUUAUUUUAUCGUUAGUUUAACAUUUUAACUAAGAUUUCAAUUGUGAUGGAGUCAUCUCCGUCAUUGGAAACAGUCCAUCAGGCUGUUUACGCUCUUUAUCAUAAUCCAGAUCCUGCUGAAAAAGAGAAGGCUUCAUUAUGGCUAGGCCAGUUACAAAAAUCUGUUUUCUCGUGGAAAAUCGCUGAUGAAAUACUACAUACCAGUACAGAUGUUGAAUGCUGUUAUUUUGCAGCUCAAACUAUGAGAACUAAAAUCCAACAUUCUUUCCAUGAACUUCCUCCAGGAUCUCACCUUCCAUUAAGAGAUUCUUUAAUGGAUCACAUCAGCAAAAUUAAUGAGACAACAAAUUCUGUGAUUGGUACUCAGCUGUACCUUGCUUUGGCAGAUCUAGCAUUACAAAUGGGAUCUUGGGAAAAACCUGCAAUUGAUUUGAUUGAACGAUAUUCCAUGACUUCAGUUCCUCCCCUUCUUGAAAUGUUAACAUUUUUGCCAGAAGAAGUUAAUUCCAGAGCUUUGCGUUUGGGUUCUAACCGAAGGCAAGAACUUCUCCACAAGUUUUCACUUGCUGUUCCUAAUGUCUCCGAGUUCCUGAAAAUGUGUCUCAACAAUUCUGGUAAUAAUCCUCAAAUUCAAAUCAAAGUUUUCAAGUGCUUUACAAGUUGGGUAUCAGUACAGGCGAUGACUCUUAAUGAUGUAACUGACAAUAUAGUUGUGGCUACAGCUUUCCAUGUUCUUGCCAAUAGAAUGGCAUCAUCCAAUUUACAUGAAGCAGCCGCCGAUUGUGUUUGCUCUCUUCUUGAAUGCCUUGAAGAUAACAAUAAUCAACAAUCGAUCGAGAUGCAACUGUUCAACGGAGUCAUUUCAUUAGAGCAACCGUUUCAUAUUUCUGUCGCACAUGAAGAACAUGAAAAGUGUGUUAAUUAUUGUCGAGUAUUUACAGAACUUGCUGAGAGUUUCCUAGAAAAAAUAGUUAGUGGGAGUAGUCCCAACAAAGCACAUUUUGCUAUUAAGAUUUUCGAUCUCGUUCUAACUUGUGUUGGUCAUCAUGACUAUGAAGUAGCUGCCAUUACAUUUAAUUUAUGGUAUCGUCUUUCGGAAGAAUUAUACCAAAAGAAAAACUCUGGACUGACCUCUUUAUUCAAACCAUACAUCGAAAGGCUUAUUGAAGCAUUAUGUAGACAUUGUCAGAUGGAACCCGAUCAUGAAGGGAUCCUUGAAGAAGGGGAUGAUUUUCCUGAUUUUAGGAUGAAAGUUGCUGAACUGAUUCGUGAUGUCGUAUUCAUAAUCGGUUCUUCCAACUGCUUUAGGCAAAUGUUUAUUUCCCUACAGGGGCCAAAUACCACCUGGGACACCACAGAAGCUGCGUUGUUUAUAAUGCAAGCUGUUGCCAAAAACAUUAUUCCGGAAGAAAACGAUGUUGUCCCUAAGGUUGUCGAGGCAAUUUUAAACCUUCCUCCAAAUACACACAUAGCAGUCAGAUCUACAUCAGUUCUCCUACUGGGAGAAUUGUGCGAGUGGAUUGAAAAGCAUCCCCAAUAUUUAGAACCAGUAUUGAAUAUGGUGCUGUUCUGUCUUCAGCAGCCACAGUUGGCGAAUUCAGCUGCAAACUGUUUACAAAGUAUAUGCAGUACAUGUAAAAAUCAAAUGGUGGCCAAAUUUUUAGGUCUUCUCCAGAUACUUCAAUCCCUCGACAAAUUCGUUCUGACGAAUGAAUCAGUUGUCGGACUUUUAAAAGGUGUUGCUUCCAUAUUGAGCAUAAUGCACCCCGAUCAGUUACAGCAGGCUAUGAGGGAUGUUUGUCUCAUCCAGAUUAAGCCACUUGUUCAUUUAAUUGAGAAUGAUGUUAAACUGGAGAAAGGUACAAAAACAGAUCCAGCAGUUUGGAUGGACAGGCUGUCUGCUAUAUUCCGCCAUAUCAAUCUCACUGUUAGGAAUGGUGAAAUUCAUCCUUGUCAACCUGUCAUAACCGAAAUAUGGCCAGUUCUUUCCUCCGUUUGUUCAAAAUACCAAGCCAACUCACAUGUGAUGGAGAGAUGUUGUAGAUGUCUCAGGUUCGCUGUUCGUUGUGUGGGUAAACAGUCUGUGAAUUUACUUGAACCGUUAGUCAAACAGAUAGUCUCUCUCUAUUCUCAACACGAGCAUAGCUGUUUCCUGUAUCUUGGUUCUAUCCUGGUUGACGAAUAUGCUUCCGAACCAGGCUGCAUCCAAGGGCUGUUAGACAUGCUUCAAGCUUUCAUUCACCCGACGUUUACCCUCCUUCAAGGAGAAGCGGGCCUGAAAUUGCACCCAGACACUGUGGACGAUCUCUUCAGGCUCUGUGCGAGGUUCUUGCAGAGGGCUCCCAUGGCGUUCCUCACCUCACCCGCCAUCAACUCCAUCCUGGAGUGCGCUCUUUCGUGCAUCCCACUUGACCACAGGGAUGCCAAUUCUUCAGUUAUGAAAUUUUUCUAUGACCUAAUUCAUGCUGGAAUGACUAAUGAAGAUCACGAAGAUUUCGCAUUGAGGCAAAGACUGGUACAAAAUAUAAUCCAAGAAAAGGGUUCAGAUUUAGUAAACAAUCUUCUCACAGCAUCAGUUUUCUUCCUUCAGAUAUAUAUGCUGUCGGAUGUAGCGGACGUUUUGAUGGAGCUAAUAUUACUUGACAAGCAGGCUGCUGGCAGGUGGAUAGAACAAUCAUUGAAAAGAAUGCCAACGCACAACAGUACAGGAAGUAUUACCGCAACACCAAAGCAAUUGCAAGAUUUCCAUCGUUCUCUACUCAGCGCCUGCAGUUCCAAAACUCUUACAACUACACUGAAAGAAUUUUCUCGCCUCUACCGCUGACGAACUAAAAUUAUCGACUACUACAUUUUAUCUACAAGACAUGUGAUAUAUUGUAUAUCUGAUUACGAAAAUUAUUUUUUUAAUUGGUUUACAAUCAUUUUAGAGCUUAAGAAGAAGUAUAGAGAAGAAAAUGCAGUGCAUUGCCUUUGAGAAUUGUAAUUGAUAAACUAUUACUCUUGUGUGCUCAAAGUAAUCUAAGUCAGUAUGAAAGUUUUGAUGGAAAAACAAAACAAAAAUUAACAUCAAAAUAUGACAUUAUGUACUGAAACAGAUAAUUGUAAAAAAUGUUUGUUGCUACAUUUUUUUAUUUUGUCGCAUAGAAAUCUGUUCUUUUCAUUUCUGUGUUAAUUGAAUAUGAAGAACUGAGAGUAAAUAUAUUCCUAAUUUAAUUUAUGUAUAAUAUAUAUAUAUAAAUAUAAAUAUAUAGAUAUUUAUUGUAAAUAUUAUAAAUAUGAGUUAUUUUUAUGUUGUAACCGUUUAUUAAGG